AUGCUACGCAAUAAAUCUCAAAAAGAACUCCUUCAUUUAUCUCGUCAAUUGAUCCAACCACUAUUGCCAAACUUCCACAAGGGUCAAGCGGGUAAGAUUGUUGUUAUUGGGGGUAAUGAAGAUUAUACUGGAGCACCAUUUUUUGCAAGUCAUUCAGCCGCUUUAGUAGGUGCUGAUUUGUCCCAUGUAAUAUGUGAAAAGGCUGCUGGUCCAGUGAUAAAAUCGUAUUCCCCUGAUUUAAUGAUCCAUCCUUAUUUAAUGGAUUUGGACAACCCACAUUUGAAUUUGAACAAUUCUGAACUUGAAAAAUUAAAGAAUUUGCCCAUCGAUGAAAUUAUUAAAACGAAUGACAAUGCAGUGUUGAAUAAACUUAUUGAUGAGCUAAUUUUACCCAAAGUAACAUCAUUGUUGAAUAGAAUUGAUAUAGUUGUUGUUGGACCAGGUUUUGGUAGAGAUCCAUUAAUGUUAAAGUCAUUGAUUCGAAUUAUUGAGGAAGUCAAAGUGUUGAAUUUGCCCAUUAUAUUAGAUGCUGACUCGUUGUAUCUAGUAUCGUUGUCUCCCAAAAUUAUUGCAAAUUAUCCAAAAGCCAUCAUCACACCCAAUGUGGUUGAAUUCCAAAGAAUCGCCAAAGCCUUAUCAAUCGAUGCCGAUUUGUCAGAAUCAAAUAAGGAUAAGUUAAUUGAUCAAACCAUUGAAGUGUCACGCAAACUAGGUGACAUUAUUGUUUUCCGUAAAGGUGAACACGACUUGAUUGUCAAAUCAUCCAAGUUUUUAAUCAAUGAAAUUACUGGGUCCAAUAAACGAGUAGGUGGACAAGGUGAUACAUUAACAGGAGCAAUUGCAACUUUGGUCAAUUGGUCAAAUAAUUAUAUUUUGAGAUUAUGGGACAAUCAAGUUGUGGUCAAUUGGUCAAAUAAUUAUAUUUUGAGAUUAUGGGACAAUCAAGUUGAUUUGGAUCAAGAAGAUGCUAAUUUAUUAGCAUGUUUUGCUGCUAGUUCGGUUGUUAGAAAUGCAAGUAGUAAGGCAUUUAACAAAUACGGGAGAUCAAUGCAGACAUCAAACGUUCAUGAAUAUUUACAUGAAUCGUUUACAGAAUUAUUUGGUGACAGUAUAUUUAGAACCAGUAAUAUUUGA